CCCGUGGUUCAUCUCGCUCGCCGCAUGCUCCAGAUUCCCGUUCUUAGUUCCCCAUUCUCUUCUCCAACCUUGCCGACCGACCAACGAGAAAAAUUCAUCGACCGCCCAGUGGCCCGCCUGCAGUACAAUAAACACGCGAAAUCCCACGUCUUCAAACUAUUUCUCAUCACGUGACCCUCCUCGACUAGACGAAAAAAAACACCACCCGCACGACACGCCUUUGGAUGCGCGACGACUUUGGCCCCUGAUAGCCAUCCUUCCCACCCUGAACGCGCCCAGAUAGAUGCCUCAGCCCACCCAGAGCUCCUCGUAGAGGCUGCCAACCCUGGCGCCCAUCCAUCCUCUCCCCCAGCGACCUGACGGCCCCCUCGAUCACUGGCGAGGUGCAUAUUGGGGCAUGAAUAACCCGGCCGCCUACACUCCUCUCGAGUCCCUCUUCCUGUUCCAAGCCAUCCUUAAGCACGGCGUCGAGGCUGCCGCCUUCAUCAAGGUCUCGGAUCUUCUC